AGGUAGCAACAGAAGUGGGGAGAGGGAGGGAGAGAGAGAAGGGCAACGAGGAAGAGAAGGGGAGAGCCCAGACACUUGACUUCAACCACAGCUCCCAUCCCCAGGCAAAACAUCACUAUCCUUCAUUCUCAGCAAAAGUGAAAACAGCUCAAAAAAAUGAAGUACUCGGUACUAAUGCCCUGUACUAAAGCAGGUUUCCUUCUCUUUUUUUUAUUGCAAACAAGUUUGUUUUUGCUUGCAAGUGCACAGACAGACUCCACAAAUUCCACAACUAUGCCAGAUAUCAUUACUCCCAAUGCAACCUCAUGGACUAAUCUGACUUUAAAUAGUACAGUUGCUCCCUCAGCUAAUUUAACCAAUACAACCACUCUUGGCACAAAUGUCACAACCUCAGCAAUGGUAUCUUGUCGAGUCUUCUCUUGCAAUUACUCGGCAUGCUACAGUACUUUCAUGAGCUCCAAUGUCACCAUUUGCUCAGCCUCUGGAAGUUUUUGUGAGCUGAGAAGAGAUGGAGAUGCAUUAUAUUCAGUGAGCUGCACAAGCAGCUGCCUCAGUGCCUGCGCGAACACCUCUCAGAACAACUGCUCCAUUAACUGUUGCACCAACAAUUGUGACAACUCCACUAUCAACAGCCUACUCAACUCUUCUGUCAUAAUGACUACUACAACAACUGCCGCCACCACCACCACGUCCACCACCAAAGCUUCUACCAUUGCAUCCACUGCCAUAGCAACCAAUGGUAAGAAGUGCCAAAAGUUCAGCUGUAAUGGAGAUGGCUGUUAUCAAGGCAAUACAAAUGUUGGCCUGUGUGGUACAGGUCAGAACUUCUGCAUGCUGAAGAAGACACCAACUGGAACCUUGGUGACUUGGACAGCGAGCUGUAUCGAGGACUGUAGCAAAGAGAUAGUGUGUACCUCCACCAAUACCAUCUGCAUCCUAGAGUGUUGUAAUGCCACCACAACAGCCUCUUGCCUCAAGCUGAAUGGCCAAACAAAUGUUCUUGGUUCUGGCACUAUGGCUCCAUGCUGUCAUUUGCCGCUUUUGGUGUCUUCAUUCCUCCUCUGGUUGCUGAUGAUAGGCAAAUCUGCAGAUUAGAUAAUAAGUGUCCAGUGAGCCUGAGCACUUGCUCUUGUUCACUGAUGGGACACUGUGUGUGUGUGUGUGUGUGUG